UUAGCAUGCCUUUCCCGGUAAUGUGACGUCUCCAGUUCAACUCCAAAAAUGCCCCCGCUCCAUCGGCAUCAAUUAUCACUUGAAGGAAUACUCGACUUUUCCUCGACUGAGGGACUCAGUACAAUCCAACGAGCUGACGCCAAGCGCCGGUUCUACCGCAUCGUCAAUCAUUUUCUCCCCGACUCCGAAAUCGACAGCAGCGCUCGUAGCCAAACCUACAGUCCGCCUCGACUUAUCAGCCUCACAUACCAAUAUGCCCUCUCUGACGAAGCCCGCGACAAUUUCCUACGGGCUUUUUUUCUCUCUGUCGAUCUCCCCAUCGUGAGGGACGGCACCGGCGACGACGGCGAUCCCGAGGCCUUGCGCUCCUCCGUUUUUGCCUUUGCCGACUACCUCAUGGAUCAGUUCUUCCUUCCUUUAAAAGCCUCGAUCAAGAAGACGCCACAGCCCUCGCCCGUUUUUCAUUCCGCAAUAGAGAAAGUACAAGGCGGACCGCGAACCUUUGCCGGUACACCGGAUCGGCUGUCCGCUUUGCGGGGAGCCUGUCUUAUUCGCGACCACCACCGCUGUGUCAUAUCGCAUAGCUUCGACAGUUCUGAAGCACAAGCCCGAAUGGACAAGGCUGGCGAGACAAACGCUCUGGAUGAUGAUGGCAAUCUGCUUUACCAGGAUCCAAACCGCCCCGGGCCGUUGGAGGUGGCGCAUAUCAUUCCCCAUUCACUGAUGAAGGUUGACGCAAAUCACGAGCUUAGCCCCUCUAAGAAAGCGGCUCUCGCAAUUCUGAACAUGUUCGAUACCGGAGUUGUACACCUAAUUGAAGCCGGUGACAUCGACAGGCCACGGAAUGCCCUCACGCUUACCCGACCUUUCCAUGUCCACUUUGGCGAGUUCAAAAUAUUCUUCGAGCCCGUUGCCGACUCGCAGCCGCAUACCUAUCGCAUUGACUCAUUCUUGUCCCGCUACAUUCUACCAGAGUUUCCCCUCACCCGAACGCUCUACCUAAGCGAAAAUAGGACCAUAGACCCCCCAUCGGCUCGACUGCUUGCCCUCCACCGCGCAAUUGCUCACAUUAUUCACUUUUCCGCGGCUGCCGAGUACAUUGAUAAACUGCUCCGCGAAAUGGAGGGGCAGGGCGUUUGCGCGGCGGAUGGUUCAACGGAGAUAGAUCGCCUAUUGACGCUUGGAUUACGCGGAUGGUCCGUUAGUACCUAGACUAUUUUGAUUUUCCAAGGCGGCAAGGGUUCAUCGGUUAAUCCUUGGGAAGGGCAUCAAGUACCAUAUCCCUGUCUUCAGCUGUUUUCGCCUUCCGGUUAUGAAUUUUGGCUUGUGGCUGAAAGGUAAUAGGUCUUGAGCAAUCUUCCGAUAUUCCGUACCGAGGCCUGCGAUGAGAAGAGCCUUUUCGC